AUGGUAGUGACCAGCAGUACUACUACUACUACUACUACUGCUACUGCAACUAAUGAUGAGGAUCUAGGUUUGAAAGAUUAUUGGAGAUCAAAAUUGCCAAACACGAGAAUGCCAAAAGCAAUCCAAGCAGACCUUUUAACAAAAUCAAAAAAGGCUGUGGUGGUGACUGGAAACGUGGAGUUGGUGUUGGAUAAUAUGGUUAAUGUCGACUUAUCCUGGGAUGUUGCCACCGACACUAAUCAGCUUCGGGGUUAUGACCCAACUGAGACUUUAUUCUUCCUAGAGAAUGAGUUGCAUCCAGGCAGCACCAUGAACUUAGACUUCACUAAGACGGCUCCUCUUGGGAUCAACUUCUUGCCACGCAAGGAGGCAGAGUCCAUACCCUUCUCCUCUAAAAAGUUCUCUAAUGUCUUACAACGAUUCUCAGUCUUGCCUGGAUCAAAUAAUGCCAAGGUGAUGAAGAACACAAUCAGAGUUUGCGAGAUGCCAGCAGAUAUAGGGGAGGAAAAGUAUUGUGCUACUUCAUUGGAGUCCAUGAUUGACUUCAGUUGUUCAAAGCUUGGGACUAAUAAUGUUCAGGUCUUGUCGACUGAGGUACAGUACAACAACAAGAAGAAGGAGGAGGAGGAGGAAGAGAGAGAGACGUCCACGUCCCAGAAGAAGAAGAUGAUUAAGGAGUACAGCAUUACAGGAGACGUAGAGAAGAUAGGAAACCACGAGGCAAUUGUGUGCCAUGGGUUGCCUUACAUGUAUGCUGUAUUCUAUUGUCAUGCAAGACGUGACACAAGGGUUUACAAGGUUCCAUUGGUUGCUACUGAUGGAACAAAGGCUAAAGCCAUUGCUGUUUGCCACAUAGACACAUCCAAGAUGAACCCCAAGCACUUGGCGUUCCAACAACUUAAGGUGAAGCCUGGGACUAUUCCAAUCUGUCACGCACUUCUGCAAGAUCAGGUUGCGUGGGUUCCUAACAUGUAG